AUGUCGGAGCUAGUGAACUACGCUAGUGGCAUUCCAUUGGCUCUGCGAGUCUUAGGCUCCUCUGUGCAAAAGAUAUAUAUAAACGAUGAGAAAGAAAUUCUGAGAAGAUUGCGUCAACAUCCUCCAAUUGAGAUUCAGGAUGCAUUUAGAAAAAGUUUUGAUGGACUACAUGACAACGAGAAGAGCAUAUUUUUGGACCUCGCUUGUUUUUUCAGAGGGGAGAAUAAAGAUCAUGUGGUUAACAUCCUUGAUGGUUGUGGUUUUUCUACAGAUUUAGGAAUCUAUGCUCUCAUUGAUGAGACUCUCAUUAGCCUUGUAGACAACAGCUUGGAAAUGCCCAACAUUUUUCAAGAUACGGGUAGAUUUGUUGUUUGCCAAGAAAACAAUAAGGCAAGCAAGCGUAGCAGAUUGUGGGAUUCUAAUGACAUUGCUGAUGUGCUGAUUAACAAUUCAGGAACAGAAGCAAUUGAAGGCAUAUUUCUGGAUGCGUCUGGCUUGACAUUUGAGUUGAAUCCUACUGUAUUUGAGAGGAUGCACAGACUUAGAUUGCUCAAGCUCCACUGUCCAACUUCUGAAAUCCAUUGCAAGAUUUCUCUUCCUCAAGGCCUUUACUAUUUGCCUGAUGAGCUACGGCUACUCCACUGGGAAAAAUAUCCUCUCGGAUCCUUACCUCGGAACUUUAAUCCUAAAAAUCUCGUAGAAAUGAACAUGCCCUAUAGCAACAUGACAAAACUAUGGAAAGGAACAAAGAAUCUUGAGAAGUUAAAGAGGAUCAUUCUGAGUCACUCCCUACAGUUGAUUAAAUUCCCAAGACUUUCAAAGGCCAUGAACCUUGAGCAUAUUGAUCUUGAAGGAUGUACGAGUCUGGUUAAAGUAAACUCAUCUAUUCUUCACCAUCACAAGCUUACCUUCUUAAGUCUGAAAGACUGUUCUCAUUUACGAAUUAUGCCUACCACGGUUCAUCUAGAAUCUCUUGAAGUUCUUAAUCUAUCUGGCUGCUCAGAGCUUGAGAACCUUCAUGACUUCUCAUCAAACCUGAAAGAGCUAUAUCUCGCUGGGACCGCUAUUAGAGAAAUGCCAUCGUCGAUCGGGGAUCUCACUAGACUUGUUACAUUAGAUCUGGAGAAUUGUAAGAGACUUCAGCACCUGCCACCAAGUAUUAGUAACUUGAAAGCCAUGAUGACCCUUAAGCUAUCUGGCUGUUCCAAUCUAAAGAGCCUUCCAGUUCUUGAUGCAUUGUUUCUACGUAAUUCGCAACGUCUUGAUACAAGAUGA